AUGGCCGUCGGCAGGAUCGGCGAGUAUCGUCUGGGCACGAACGCGUCAUGGGACGAAUACGUCGAGAGGCUCGAAAUGUUCUGCGAAGCUAACAAGAUAGCCAAAGAAGAGCAGAAAAGAGCCGUCCUGCUGAGUUGUUGCGGCGAAGAAGCGUAUGGGCUCAUCGUGAUACUGGUGGAGCCAUCAAGACCGACAGCAGCAACCUACGAGGAAAUUAAGACGGCGGUUCGCAAGCACCUGCAUCCAAGGCCUUCAGAGCUAUACGCAAGGUUCUUGUUCUACAAGAGAAACCAGGCUGCCGAGGAAUCGGUUGCGCACUACGUCACGGCGCUUCGCAAGCUAGCCGAACACUGCGGUUUUGGCGACGAGCAGCUCCCGUUGGACAUCAUGAUGCGAGAUUGUUUCAUAUGCGGCCUCCAGAACGAAGCAGUUCAACAGCGACUUCUCGCAGAAUACGACCUUACGUUCAACGUUGCGUACGACAAGGCCGCGACCGCAGAAGCGACAGCCAAGCAACAGCGAGACAUACGGAUGCAAGGCCGAGACGAGGCGAAGGACUGCCAGGGCAUGAUACAAGCAACCCGCACGAAGCAAGACGCCACGGCAGAGGGAUGUAGUUGCUACCGUUGCAACGGUAAGCACGCUCCGCAUUUAUGCAGCUUUAGAAAAGCGGCAUGCUUCAAAUGCAAAAGGGUUGGACAUAUAGCGAGGGCUUGUCGUUCAAAAGACGAAAGUACAGCGGCCCGGAAGACGCCUGAGCAAAAGAGGAAAGUUGAAAAGAGCCAGGGGACCUUCCUGGCUUCAACGGACAACCAGUUCACAUCGAACUGCAAGAGGAUGCCCAACCAGUUCAAAAGUCGACCAGUUACACUGGCCCUCAAGGACGACGUGGGCAAGGAAGUGGAUCGCUUGGUGCAACAAGGAGUAUGGUCCAAGGUGGAAGGCGGCCAGGGUUGUGGCAGUCCGAGGCCCGGUGUCGUACAUCGUCCAGCUGGACAACGGCGAGCGCCAUCACAGGCACCGGAGCCAGUUGAGGCGCGCCUGGACGAGGCUCGAAGCCGAUCCAGUCUCAAGUGCAGACUACCACGUCAGGCUGCCUCCUACAGCCAGACGACCACAACAGCUGCCGGUCAGCACGGAAGCAGUCGCAGGGGCAAGUCCGGGCCAAGCUACCCAAGACCCGGUCGAGCCGCGAAGAUCAACACGCGUUAG